AUUCUACCAGGCUGGGUGGCAGGGUACACCGGCUGUGUCCCCGGCACUCCUACCCUGCCUCACACACAUCAACACCUUGCCUUGGUGUUUUGUAAUAGCCGAUUUAGGUUUAAACACGUGUGCGUUCAAAAUUUGGAGAGGUUCAUCGCUGAAGUGAACCAUUGUUGUGAUGACAAGUGUGAUGACCGGAUUUAAAAAUGGUGAAGUUAUAGUGAGAAUGACGCAAUAAACAGUGAGGAACAGUGAAACUUGACAGUGACACUUGGAACAGUAAAUCUUGAAGCAGUGACACUUGGAACAGUGACACUAUAAACAGUGCCACUUGCUAAUAGUGUCACUAUAAACAUUGCCACUUCAAAUAUUGACACUUGGAACAGUGACACUUGCUAACAGUGACACUAUAAACAGUGCCACUUGCUAAUAGUGACACUAUAAACAGUGCCACUUCAAAUAUUGACACUUGGAACAGUGACAGAACAGUGAGGGGUUAAGCAGUGACGUCGAAAUUUGGGGUUUGGUGAAAAUUGAAAGUAUGGCACUUUGCGGUGAAACGAUGGUACAGUGAAGGUACAGUGACUGAGGGAGGGGGAGGGGGAGCGAUUGAUGGUGAGAGGUGUGGUGAUAGCCCUGGUGAUGGUGUGGUAAAGGUGCUUGCAGGGAUGGUGAGGUAGUGAUGAACGGGGGGUUAGUCCAGCGUCUGGCACAACUCAACCUCAUCCGUGACCCAGCUACUGUAGGCACUAAGACCCUUGUUAUUACCAGACCCCGCCAGCACCCAGUACACCCAGAUGAUGGCGACACGGACCAAGAGACGGACCGCCUGCUGGGCCAGCAGAGGUCAGAUGACACGGGCUUCUACGACGAGAAGGGUUGGCGACGGGGCAAACCUCGCUCUCUUAUCUCACGGGCGAAUGGAGGCGGGGCCAGCAACUGCUCCACCCCCUCCACGCCCAUUGGUCAAGCUCAUCAGGGGUCAACCAAUCACACGCCUUCCUCGCCACCCGACAUGGCCUCCUCCAAUAAGAAGGAAAAGGAAGCCAACAAGAAGAAAGGCCGCUCUAAAGAAGUUAUGAUUCAUGAACCGGCAGUGUUGAUUGAGGGUGUCUUGUUCCGUGCUCGCUAUCUUGGUUCAACACAGCUUGUCUCGGAGGGUCAACCUACCAAGACUACACGCAUGAUGCAAGCUGAAGAGGCAGUUUCUCGUAUAAAGGAUGCAGAUGAUGAUAAGGAAGUGCUGGCGGAAUGUAACGACCCAGAGCCCUCCCUAGGGCCCCCACGCUCCCCAAGCCCCAAUCAUUCACUUCUUUCCCAUCACUCUCCAAUUUCUCUGCAUACACCAAGGGAGAUAGAUUCACCCAGUGGCUUUAGUUCUCCCAGAGAGUUUUCACCCAGAGUUCAGAAUUCCCCGAGGAACUUGAAUUCUCCCAAAGGACUGAAAGCAUCCAGGUCCCUUGCUUCUCCAGUGGCUCACGAAUGUAUUGUCAUCUCACCUCGAGUUGUUCACUCACCACGACGCGGUCAUGGGUGCUCUCACACUCCUCCUGAUAGCCAACCUGCACUUAAUACUUCAUGGAAACAAUUACAUAGAAUGAGCCAAGGUGUUCCUGCCUGCCCUUAUAUUGGUGAUGUAAAUCUGGUGCAUUCUAGUGUUCCUAUUAUCUCACCAUUACCCCCUGGUGUAUUGGAGGAACCAAUUGUAACUCAAGACAACAUAAUAACAGUCACAGGAUCAAAUGAAGAACAGUUAAAUGUGGAUGGGGAUGAAAAUGAUUAUGAAGAAGAGGAAGAGGAGGAUGAAGUUGAAGAGGAAGAUGAUGACGAUGAUGAAGAGGAAAGAGAGGAACAGCAAAAAGUUAUUAGAGCAGAAAAUGUGGAUGAAGAUGAAGGUGAUGAAGAUGAUGAUGAUGAUGAUGAUGAUGAUGAUGAUAAUGAUGAUGAUGAUGAUGAUGAUGGUGAGGAAGGCAAAAAUAUUAGCCUUGACAGUGAAGACCAGUGCAUUGAGGUACUUACAGUUAUCCCAGGAGCAAGUGGAGCCACACAGGAGAAUAGAGAAGAGCUGGAGGAUGAUGGCAGUGGAGGGAACUUGGACUGGGUGUCUGAGGAGGGUGGGGGGCCAGGGCUCGGGCCUGCUGGCACUGUCUUCCACCUUCGUCUGGUGGGGUCCGUCGAUGUUGCCGAGGAGUCAGGUAAAGCUCCUGCCCACAAGACACCUACAUGUAAGCGGCCCAAGAAGGAUAUGGUUAUGGAGGCUGUUUCUCAUCUAAAGGCCCCAGAUGGUGAAUCACAACCUAGCACGGAAGUGGACCUCUUUAUCUCAACGGAAAAGAUUAUGGUGCUCAACACGGAUCUUAAAGAGAUAAUGAUGGAUCAUGCACUUCGCACUAUCUCAUAUAUUGCUGACAUUGGAGACCUGGUUGUCCUUAUGGCACGAAGGAGAGUCUUACCUACUGAUGAUUCUGGGAACAGCAUUCAGAAAACACCAAAGAUGAUCUGCCAUGUAUUUGAAAGUGACGAGGCUCAGUUUAUAGCACAGAGCAUUGGUCAAGCUUUUCAAGUAGCAUACCUAGAAUUUUUGAAGGCUAAUGGAAUUGAAGAUCAUAGUUUUGUUAAAGAGAUGGAUUAUCAGGAAGUCCUCAACUCACAAGAAAUCUUUGGAGAUGAGCUUCAAAUGUUUGCCAAGAAAGAGCUACAAAAGGAGGUGGUGGUACCAAAGAUGAAGAGUGAAAUCCUAGGUGUAGUUGUUGUGGAGUCAGGCUGGGGAUCUAUGGUGCCAACAGUGGUAAUAGCUAACCUCUCCCCAACUGGUGCUGCUGCUAAGUGUGGCCAGCUCAACAUUGGUGACCAAAUAAUUGCCAUUAAUGGUGUGUCGUUAGUGGGUCUUCCACUUUCAACCUGCCAAAAUUAUAUAAAGAAUACAAAGUAUAAUACUGCAGUGAAACUUACAGUAGUUCCUUGUCCACCUGUGGUUGAGGUGAAGAUCCGCAGACCUGACACAAAAUAUCAGCUAGGUUUCUCUGUACAAAAUGGUGUAAUUUGCAGUUUAUUAAGAGGAGGCAUAGCGGAACGUGGGGGUGUUAGAGUUGGUCAUCGCAUUAUUGAUAUUAAUAGUCAAUCUGUGGUUGCUGUUCCACAUGAGAAGAUAGUGAAUCUUUUAGCUACUUCUGUUGGUGAGAUACGAAUGAAAACAAUGCCUACUUCAAUUUUCCGCCUUUUAACUGGCCAAGAAACUCCACAGUAUAUAUAGUGCUUUUUAACGUGUGCAGCUGUUAAAUUUGUAAUUACCACAGCUACUCUAGAAACAUGUAUGAGUGGACCCAGGAAAGCAUAAGAAAAUUCUGCUGUUAUCAUUUUGUUGCUUUUAUCUAAAUUGUGAAAUGCGAGUGUCACCAACCUUCUUGAACAAAUAUACUUUAACUGAGAAU